AUGGAGACAAGGGAGCAGUACACCUACGAUGAAUAUAAGGAGACAGCUGAUUGGUUGUUGGCUGCAAUCAGGAUUCGCCCUAAGGUAGCAGUGAUCUGUGGAUCUGGCCUUGGGGGACUUGCUGAUCUGCUGAGUGACAAGACCAUGAUCCCAUAUGAGAAGAUCCCACGCUUCCCAAAGUCUACAGUUCCAGGUCAUGCAAGAAAGCUGGUCUUUGGAGAGCUCAAUGGGAAGCAGUGCAUCUGUAUGCAAGGCCGUUUCCAUUUCUACGAGGGUUACCCAGUUAAUGAGGUAACCUUUCCUAUCCGGGUUUUCCACCUGAUGGGUGUUGAAUCUCUGAUCGUGACCAAUGCUGCCGGGGGCCUGAAUGAACAAUUUAAAGUCGGUGAUAUCAUGUUCAUCAACGAUCACAUCAACCUGCCAGGCUUCGCAGGGCUGAACCCACUGAGAGGCAGCAAUGAGGAGAGGUUUGGUGUGCGGUUCCUGUGUAUGUCAGACGCCUAUGACAAGGCCUUUCAUCAGAUGGCUUUGGACAGUGCCCAGGAGCUGGGCUACCAAGACUUUGUCCGUGAUGGGGUGUACUGCAUGCUGGCUGGGCCCUCGUAUGAAACGGUUGCAGAGUGUCGCAUGCUGAAAAUGCUGGGAGCAGAUGCAGUAGGUAUGAGCACAGUGCCCGAGGUGAUCCUUGCUCGACAUUGCGGAAUGCGAGUAUUUGGCAUCUCCCUCAUCACGAACAAGGUUGUGAUGGACUACAGCAGCCAAGCGAAGACAAACCACAAGGAAGUCCUUCAGACAUCGAGGGACCGAGCUGAGGCCCUCCAGAGACUGAUCAGCAACCUCGUGGGGAAGAUGGACUGA